CUCUAUCUCAUGCAACACAUGGAAAGCCGUAGAGAAAUAUAUUUAACACCGGUUAAAAGGCACCUCUACACACAUCUUGACUGAUACCUGACGAAACUUUAGCAGCAGUUCAUCCAGGGAGUUUAUACUGGUGACUAUGGCUGACACAGCAGCAAAUGGUGAUGGGGAACCUGUGCAGAAGACACCAGCACAGCUGCUAAAAGAAGCUAAAAAGAAGGAAAAAAUGGAUAAAUUUCUGGCAAAACAGGCCAAGCAGCAGCAGAAGAACACUGAAGGAGCUGGAGAGAAAAAGAAGCCUGCCAAAGAAAAGAAAGAGAAAGUCAUCAUUACAUAUGACAAGAACACUCCUGAAGGAGAAAAGAAAGAUGUGAGUGGUUCCAUGCCCGAAGCCUACAGCCCGCAGUAUGUAGAGGCAGCCUGGUAUAGUUGGUGGGAGAAAAGUGGCUUCUUCAAACCAGAGUAUGGGAGAUCCUCGGCCUAUGAAGACAAUCCUAAAGGGCAGUUUACAAUAGUAAUUCCCCCUCCCAAUGUGACAGGUAACCUACAUCUAGGGCAUGGUUUGACUAAUGCUGUGGAGGACUGCAUCACAAGAUGGCACAGGAUGAGAGGUGAAACUACCCUGUGGAACCCAGGGUGCGACCAUGCUGGUAUUGCGACACAGGUGGUGGUGGAGAAAAAACUGAUGAGAGAGAAGGGACAGAGCAGGCAUGAUCUGGGAAGAGAAAAGUUUGUGGAUGAAGUGUGGAAAUGGAAGAACGAGAAAGGAGACAAUAUCUAUCAUCAGCUCAGGAAGAUGGGCAGUUCAUUUGACUGGGAAAGGGCUUGUUUUACCAUGGACCCUAAACUCUGCAUUGCUGUAAAAGAAGCUUUUGUGAGGCUCCAUGAGGAAGGAAUUAUAUACAGAAGCACAAGACUUGUAAACUGGUCCUGUACCUUGAACUCUGCCAUCUCAGAUAUAGAAGUUGACAAGAAGGAGAUCACGGGCAGGACCCCCCUUCCAGUGCCAGGGUAUAAGGACAAGGUGGAGUUUGGGGUAUUGGUGUCCUUUGCUUACAAGGUGGUAGAUUCUGAUGAAGAAGUAGUUGUGGCCACCACUCGUAUUGAGACCAUGCUGGGAGACUCAGCCGUAGCUGUACACCCUAGUGAUGAGAGAUACAAGCACCUGCAUGGGAAGUAUGUGCAACACCCAUUCUGUGACAGAAAGAUGCCAAUUGUGUGUGAUGAGUUUGUGGACAUGAACUUUGGUACAGGUGCUGUGAAGAUCACCCCAGCUCAUGAUCACAAUGAUUAUGAUGUAGGCAAGAGGCACAACCUAGACUUCAUCACCAUCAUAGAUGACAGUGGGAACAUUUGUGGAGACUGUGGGAUAUUUACUGGCAUGAAGAGGUUUGAUGCUAGGAAGGCUGUAUUGAAGGAACUGAAGGAGUUACAGCUGUUCCGUGAUAUACAAGAUAAUCCUAUGGUGGUGCCAGUCUGCAGUCGCUCCAAAGAUAUCAUAGAGCCACUGCUGAAGCCCCAGUGGUAUGUGGACUGCUCUGAUAUGGCCAGUAAGGCAGUAGAGGCUGUGAAAAGUGGCGAACUGAAAAUCAUUCCUGACAUCCAUCUGAAGACGUGGUUCAACUGGAUGGAGAACUGCAGAGAUUGGUGCAUAUCUCGUCAGUUGUGGUGGGGCCACCGUAUCCCAGCAUACUUUGCUGAAGUCAAUGAUCCGAAUGUUCCAAAGGGAGAGGAAUCAGAUGGCAAUUAUUGGUUCAGUGGUAGAACUGAAGAAGAGGCCAAAGAAAAGGCAGCUGCCAAAUUCAAGGUCACUCCCGAUAAAAUUAUACUUAAGCAAGAUGAGGAUGUGCUGGACACAUGGUUCUCUUCAGGUCUCUUCCCUUUCUCUAUCUUUGGAUGGCCUGAACAGACCCAGGAGUUGGAUUUCUUCUACCCUGGAACUCUGUUGGAGACUGGUCAUGAUAUCUUGUUCUUCUGGGUGGCCAGGAUGGUGAUGCUGGGGACCAAGUUGGUGGGAAAAUUGCCUUUCAAAGAGGUCUACCUCCAUGCCUUGGUUAGAGAUGCUCACGGCAGGAAGAUGAGCAAGUCCCUGGGUAACACUAUAGACCCAGUGGAUGUGAUCAAUGGCAUUUCACUUGAGGAUUUGCACAAGCAGCUAUACAACAGCAAUUUAGAUCCUAAGGAAAUUGAGAGGGCCAAGAAAGGACAGAAAGAAGACUUCCCUAAUGGUAUUCCUGAAUGUGGAACUGAUGCAUUACGUUUUGCCCUCUGCUCAUAUACCUCACAAGGACGUGACAUUAACCUGGACGUGCUGCGUGUCCAGGGGUACAGGUUCUUCUGUAACAAGCUCUGGAAUGCCACCAGAUUUGCUCUCGGUGGCCUCGGGGAGGACUUCAAACCAGAGGCAACAUUGAAGCUGAGUGGCAGAGAAAAGUUGAUGGACAAAUGGAUUUUGAGUCGCCUGAGUUAUGCUGUGGAUAUGUGCAAUAAAGGUUUUAAGGAGUAUGACUUCCCCACCACCACAACUGCCAUCUACAAUUUCUGGCUGUAUGAGCUCUGUGACUGGUACCUGGAAUACUUGAAACCCAUUCUGUAUGGAGAAGAUAAGGAUGCUAUAGCAGUUUCUAGAAAUGCCCUGUUCACUUGUCUUAAUGUAGGACUGAGGCUAAUCAGUCCAUUCAUGCCUUUCCUGUCAGAAGAGCUCUUUCAGAGAUUGCCAAGGCGAACUGACAAUGAACCACCGAGCAUCUGUGUGACAUCGUAUCCUGAGGUUGAAGAGUUUCCAUGGAGAGACACCGAGCUGGAAUCUGGAGUGGAUUUUGCCCAGAAUGUGGUGAAGACUGUGAGGUCAAUGAGGGCAGAUUAUAACCUGACCAAGACUAAAGCUGACUUGUACUUACGUCUGCACGAUGAACCCACGGCAGCCAUGUUGCAGAAAUAUUCAGACGUGAUCCAGACUCUGUCCAGUUCGUCAGCUGUGACCAUCCAGGUGGAGGGGGAGGUCCCCCAGGGCUGUGCUGUCAACACUGUCAAUGCCCAGUGUGAGGCACAUAUGAUGUUGAAGGGUUUGAUAGAUGUUGACAAAGAAAUAGAUAAGCUUAACAGCAAGAAGAGUAGUCUACUAUCCCAGCAGUCCAAGAUAGAGGAGAAAAUGAAAAAGGCUGAUUAUGCACAGAAAGUCCCUGAAAAGAUUCAGCAACAGGAUGCAGACAAGAUGGCAGAAAUUUCCCUGGAGAUCCAGAAGCUGACCUCUGCCAUGGACCAGCUGAAACUUAUGAAAUAACGGCCCUGUGACACUAACAUAUAACUUAUCAUGAAUGUGGACUGUACUCACAUUGCCAAAUUACCAUUUGGGUUUCGUAAUUUAAUGCCAAGAGUCCUAACAAGAAUGACAAUUUUCUGAAUAUCCAAAAAAUGAAUUUUUUCCAUGUCUUUAGCCACAUAUCUCAUUUGUGUCAAUCUGUGUGGGCAUAUUGUUUCAAAAAUACCUUUCUCAUCACAAUGGACAAAAUAAUCAUCGUCAAAGAAUAGAAGCAAUGGCAAGCACAACGGGCACCAUUAAAAUUAAACUUAUUUAUUGAUGUCUUUGAAUGGUUACAAUUGAUGCUGAUUGAUUUCAGAUGAAGAAAUAACGUAAAAUAUUACUCCUUAUUGUCAAUUGUUGAUGUUUUUCAUUGUAAAUUAUUUGCAAAUUU